GCGACACGAAAACUCCCUGUGGCCUAAUUUGUACGAUUUCAUUCGGAAUUCAGCGGCCAAGUGUGAUUCGAGGUGUAGCUUUCAUUGUAGAAACGCUGUGUUGGUGCUUGAAUUGUGCGAUCAAAUCCUAGUGGCCCCCCGCCCCGUAUCUGCUAGUAGUGGUGCUGUGUACGCGUGUGUGUCUGUGCGUUUUAGUGUGCUUGUGUGCGUAUUAGUAUUCGGUGCUAAAAGCCUCGCGUGCAUUUCCCGUGUCUUCUUGCGCUGAUUUCCCAUCGAAAGAAAGAAAGCCCUUCCCCUCCCUCCCCUCAAAAAAAAAACGGAAGUGGCCGACGCUUGUGACGAGUUAUCAUAAAAAGAAACACAUACAGAAAUUGUUAAUAAUUUAUAAAAGCGGGUAAAGCGAAGCAGGCUGGUGCUACUACCACUUCCGGUGCGCGUUUUCAUCGCCUUCGCUGUCGGCCGUUCUUCCUGCGGUGUCCUUUGUGUAGCUUUCGAGAGACGACAAUAGAGAGCAGUAGAAAGUGUGCGCGUGUGCCUCUUACGCAUAUACAGCGCGUGUGCAUCUAAGCUACUAAGCACGGUACGGCAUACAGCCAAAAGCAAAUGACAACGAGAAUUGUGACCUACCAGCAGAUGGUGCAAAACUAACGGGUGCACGGGUAGUACUCGAAGCAAAAGCAUUACAACGACGAUAGAGCGCCCCACAAGCCCCAACCCAAUCGGAACACACGCAAAAAAGGAAUCGAACGGGAAGCUGCAUUAAAGGACGAGAAUCAAUACGCAACGCACUCCCGACGCUGAAGGUGAAUUGUAUUGUUAUUGUUGUUGCAGAAUCCACACCUUCCUCACCCCAAAAAGAAACGCCAACAAACUAAUGCUAAAACACGACGAAGCCUUUUGAGAAGCACGCGGAACGCGGACAAAAUUGUUUCCAAACAAAGCUGCUUAAAGGAGAGAACACGAAAGACUCGCUUGACGUAAGAAAGGCAACAGGAAGCUUCCCGUGUCGUCGCGCGUAGUUGUGUCUUGUAGAGGAGUGACCAUUUGUAGCUUUCCUUUUCUGUUGGCUAAAUGCAUCAAAACUUCGGCCACGGUAAACCAAAGCCAUCGAAAACCGGCGGACGUGUUGUGUAAAGCACCCAAAGCACAAGAGGAUAAAACUACCCCCACACACGAGCAGUAGAACCGUUUUGUGGAGCAUCUUAACGGCGACGCUAAGAUUAAAAGUCCCAAGUCCUCGUGUGCCCAGCUCACGGUAUCGAGUCGAGUGGUAAAAACCUACUAGGACCCACUAGACGCGGUGUGGUCCACCUUCGAAGCACACGAAACAGAAUCAAAUACAGGCAUAAAAGCACACUCAAACCCAAAUAUAUACAUAUACGACAAACCCCCCCCGCCACCUGAGCCGACACCGACACAUCACCGGUGCCAUUUUUCUUCAGCAAAGGUAAAAUCUCCCCCCGGCCUCACGACGGAUCCGUAUCCGGCAGCACUGCACAAAAUGUCCAUACCGACCCCGGCUGGACAGCUAGAUGGGGCCCUGGCGGCCCCAAAGUACGGGACGCUCAUACCGAACCGGGUCUUUGUCGGCGGUAUCAGUGGCGAUACGACCGAGGCUGAGCUGUGCCGUCUAUUUUCAUCGUACGGUAACGUCAAGUCGACGAAAAUCAUCGUGGACCGGGCCGGCGUCAGCAAAGGGUACGGUUUCGUGACGUUCGAAACGGAACACGAGGCACAGAAGCUGCAGAAUGAUUGUGAUUGCAUUGUCCUGAGGGAUCGCAAACUGAACAUUGCGCCGGCAAUCAAGAAGCAGACACUGUGCGCCACGAACGGUGCGGUGUACUAUGCUGCCACCCCGCCAACGCCAGCCAUCAACAAUAUUCCAAUCGAGCAGUUCGCCACAGUCUACCCGCCAGGUGUGCCAACCAUGUAUCCUCCAACGUUGCCGUAUCAGCCGUUCUACCAGUACUACAGUGUGCCAAUGGUUCCCAAUGCUUUUCCCCCACAGAACGUUCCCACCAUCUGGCCUCAGAACUAUCAAGGAAUCUACCCUUGUUAAGCGGCAGCUGCGGUACGUGGACGAUGAAGCGUAGUGUAAAAACAACAACAAAAAGAUAAGACUAUAAGCGACUGUUUGAACGAUGAAAAUCUUCAUGCUAUCUAAGCGGGAAUGCCGGCGUCGACCAGGAGCGGCCCACAUCAAGAACAAAACAAAUCUUAUUUAUUAUCAUGAGUAAUAUUUAUACACAAACAACCCCGUGAAGUGGAAGCGCAAGCAGAAUAGUGAAAAGAAAGCAAACAAACAACUACAAUCUACAUGUAAAAAGAGUCAUUAGAACCGGGCGGACGUAACCUUAGGAUGUAAAACCGUAAGGAGUGUGCAGUAGAACACGCGGGCAUCGUGAUUGUGAUCGGAGGAAAGCACUACAGUAAAUUAGUGCAUCGGGAAAGUUUUUUUUUUAGCGCAAUCGAAUAUGCAAACGACAGCUUCCUAAAUGCGUUAGCAAGCAUUAGUUUAUUGUGGGUUUCGUUGCUGUACUUAACGUAUAGUUUAGGAUGUACGAUGUUUUUGGAGUAGAAAUACUGACAGCAGCGACCUGUCGCAGUAUUGUGCAAAGAAGCACGAAACACGAAGUACUAUCAAGCGGCCGGAAGAGAUGGAAACAAACGGUAACCUUUCUGCUAACCGAGCGGUGUCGCAGGAGCAUUAAGCUAUCAGUUGCAACUCGGAGCAAUAAACACGUCGUUCGGUGCGGUAUUCCCUGGGCUGGCCGAUGCCAGCAAGCAAUGUCACAUCUCAUCGCAUCACACAACCGACAUCAAUAUCCAAAACCCUCCGGAAGGAAGUAAAAGUCAAAGUUGUCUUUUGUCACUACUCCUGCGGGCGCGACACAUCUUGUUUGCACAGUUAACACAGCACCAGCAGCACCAGCGUCACCAAAGACGAUGUUAAUGAUGAAAGCGGAUGAUGAUGUGUGGAAAAGUUUCGAUAUCAAUUCCCUUCCUGCGUUAUGCAUCCAUCCCAGGAUCAGGACGAAAGGUGCAGGCGAAAGAUAAUGUAGCACACUGAAAUGACUCGUCGAUGGGAGCUUUUGUGACUGCCCCAACGGAACGGAAAAAGGGGUGUCGAUGCGCUGUCUCAUUAUGCGUUAAUAUCGUCAGGCACGUACACUUGCCGACGUGUUUGCAGAAGGUAAUACAGAGGAAUAGAGGCUGUGAAGGGUGGUUUCCCGGGCAGGAUAAUAGCACCGCCAACCGUGAGUAAGCGAAAUGCAAUGGAUGUUGAACAUCCGUCUCUCGUGCAUUAUACAAUAACAACCGUAUUAGGGAAGGAGAACCGCUAGCGAAAAAGAUCUAAGAAGAAAAAAAACCAUACAGCAUGUGCGAUUCCAUUUACAUCAAAAACUCACCGCGCAUUUAGAACCAUCCGGGCCAACGGGGUUUGGGCAGAUAUAACAGAGCAGCAUACUCCACCAUCGCGAUUCGUGCCGCACAUCAACGGAUCGAAGUAAUUCAAGCCGCCAAAAAGCAGCAAAGAAAAUGCGAACAAUAGAAAAAAGUGUACGGAAUUAACAUAGAAACACACAUUUUCCACUCACAAAUACUAGCACACAAAAGAAAAGGCACAAUAAUAAUAGCCAAGGAUAAUGCCAAGAGCCAAGAGAGCGCAAGGACAAAGAAGGGCUGCGAAACGAUAGAAACGUGCGGAAGCAUGUUGUUUUUGUUGCAGAACGGUACACUUGUAUCCACUGCUAGGGGAUAGGUAGGCCAACGAAGAGACACGCAACAAAACAAUGCGAACGGAACGAGAUAUCUUAUGGAGGAAAAAAAAGGAAACCAACAAGGAAAAACUGAAGUAAGUGAAAGCGCGCACCGAAAUAUAUUCUGCCGUGCCAAGAGAACGAUGGCAACAGAAAGAUGGCAAUCCUUUUGCAUUUUCCGGACGACGGGUAGCAACAACAACAGCAAAAAAAAAGCCAUAAGGACGAGAGCGAACAGCGUUACCAACCGGUAACUUGAGUCCUUCUUAAACUAGCGAAUAUUUUCCGAGCAACAACGACGGCAAGUGGUGGGCUGAAAGGUGAGAGCCGAAGCGUAGUUUACACUGUGCAAGCCCGAUGGAUGUUGCUGUUCAUUUUUGGGUGUAUUGUUUUCGUUUCGUCAUGUAUUUACACUCCUGUUGGGUAUUUGAGGUGGUUUGACGGCAAACAAAGCCCGGGCGCAAGGGACUCCAUAUGAAACGCUUCUUCCGCGUGUGUGCGUAGAAAGGAAAAGGUUAGUUCAUGCACAAAAUCGAUUGCGCUCUUGAAGGGCGACACUAAACGUUUUGCGUAAGAUGAGGGAUACGCGUUCGCGGAACAUGAUUCUAAACCGUAGUCGAAUUGCAGAAGAUCCAUAAAUUAAAAACAGUCAAUACUUAGCAGCAGCAGCAGCCACGGAUGCGAUGCAUUGAUCCUUACACCUAAGGCGAUAAUAAAAUUUACAUGAGUGAGAGUAGAAUGCGCAAUGCUAACAUUUGCUUUAGCUCUUUCCGAUUUUACGUGCGCGCGCGCCCACACAGUGGAUGAUUGUGAUAUUGGUGUGAAUGUGCGAUAGGAGAGCAAAACAUAUUUAACCUUGUGGCUCCCGUUUCGCACCAUUUUCGUCCCGCUUUUGCCAAAAGUGGACAUAUCUUUUUAGCCCGUAGCAAACAGCAACUCAAGCAAUAGAUACAUCAGUCUAUCAGGUUUUAUCCGUAAUAGCUCCUCUCGGAUGGAUGGUCAAGCGGCGAAUUACGUGCGACUAAGAAUUUGCAAACAAAAAACGCGAACAAAUAAUACAACCACACCGGUAGCAAACUGUUAAAACGGCAGAUGAAAGCACAAUGCAUUAUCAACUAUAGAAAGCUAGUUUUUAAAACAACUAUCUCAAAUAGCAAUUACACUCAAGUGUGCCGUCGGUACAUACGUACACGGAAAUGCAGAGCAAAACCAAUUUCACAUGAGCUAAUACUAAUUGUACUACACCUUCAAGUGACAUCUUACACGUAGAAAGCCUAGCACCCAACAAACAACUUAGUGUAGUGCAGACGCAAACCAAACCACUCUAACCGAGUUACAUGAUGUGGAGCCCGGCAACAAGCAGUAGACGGACAGGACAUUAAAUUUCCUGCAAGAUGCAAGAGAGAACUAUUUCAUUUCGGUGCUACAGUGCCGGCGCCAGGUUGGUGUUGAGCACAGAAUGUAAAAUAUGUUUCAAUAACAAUUUCGUGCCGCAAACCGAUUAGCGCGGUAAUCCAUCAGCCCGUACAAGGGCCCGUCAUUCUUCGUGCAACGAAUGUUUUUUUUUUAUGUGGCGCCUCCAUCCACGUGUCACAUGCAAUGUACUGUGUUGAGAGAGUUUUGUUUGGGAAGCUGUUACAACAGCAUGGUCCUGAUUGAUGAGACGUAUUACAAUCGAAAUUGAAGUUGUUUUUUGUUGUUCGGUUUGAAAAUGUUCUUGCAGACUGGCAGGCCGUUUGAUAUCGCGUGCCGCUUGGGUUGUGCUGAAGUGUUGAGAGGUGAACAUAACGUUUAGUACACGUUACUAGUGGCACAGUUACUUAGUGGUGCGGUACCUGAUGCUUUGUAGUAGUUGGUUUAAGUUUCCGUACUGGAUCUCUUAGAUAUGGAACCGCGAUCUUGCCUGCGCGAUGCUUCAAACCCGUAUUCUCUUGCCUCCCCAGCUCUAGCGUGAUCGCCAUAGCAAUAGUACUUUUCGCUAGAGUUAGCCGUGGGUGCGAUUGGAAACGGUUGCAGUUCCAUCACCGCGGCACGUUAAACACUCCCGUUCGGUUUUGGUGGCCGCAAAGUAUGAGUUGAAGCUUUUUUCGGUGUCGACUUGCAGUAGUGAUUCUCCGUGAUUGGAUUCGUAGGGCGAAGGCUGUUUGCAAAAGAUGCAAGAGCUUAAGCAGCUGUGGUAGUAUGGAAACGAUGGCAAUAUGCUGCCCCCUUUCUAGCGGGUGGCAGUGAACCGUAGACAUAUUUAAAUAAGACAAAUAACACUCAUGAAAGCAAUUAGCCGCACAUAGCAUGCGAAGAAACGUAGGAUGUUUUUUGGCGGGAGAUUUCGUUAAGGUGUACGAACAGAGAUGUGUUUGUGUAAUGAUUCUUGCUGCCAUGCCAUGCUGAUAAUCAGGUUUCAUCAGUUUAAACCCCGCUCCCUUCCCUCAUUUAGUUUCGUUAGUCACUUUGUUAUCUACUGCUUACGGAUAUAUCCUUCGUUGAUUAAUCAUUACGUGUAUUGAAAUAUUUGUUAACACGUUUGUCCCAAAGACAAUGUUAAAAGCGUACAUCGCGUUGAUUGCGAAAGUUAUUCGAAGGACAGGACAAAUCGUUAUCUGUUUUAAAACUGUUCCACUAUAGCUCACCGUAGCCGUACGAGUAGUGAGACGCAUUAUGUUAUUUCUUUCCUUUUGUUGUUUUCACUUUUAUCUCAUUUCAUCUGUCAGAAGCCAUUACAAGAACAAAAACAACCAUUUGAUUUGUGUUUGUCGAGCAGAAGUAUCAAGCAUUUUAAUUUCACACUUGUUAAUUAAAAAAAAUGUGUGCUUGAGUGUGAGCAAAGAAACAUUACGGAUUGGAAAGGAAAAAAAAGAGAUUUAAAAAGAAAAAAAAGCGGUAACAAAAUGGACAAUUUUUGCUGCGCGUAAAUCAACUAAAGUGCGAUAACGAGACUGCGUCAAACGUGGUAAAACAACAUGAAAGACAAUGGAACGCCUCGGCAUGACCAGGGGCGUGUUGGUAGUGUUAGUAAAAAGAAAAACACACACACACACAACUGUUGCAAGUUAUGCGGCAAGAACGCAAAUAACUCUUUAUUAUUUUAAGAGCAAACCUAAACGGGAGAUAAACAUAAGAUAAGUUGCGUAAGUGAUUGAGAAAGCAGUGAAAACCAAUACCCUAUAAACUAAUGAGUAAAAUAUCGUAGCAAAACAUAACAACACAAAGUAAACUGAACGACGUAGACGUAAAUGGAAUGGCAAACACAGCAAGUAAAACAAGGCGAUGGUGUGCAAUUAAAUGCAAAAUUAAAAGGAAAACACACAUAAAUCAAUUCUAACAAUCUUGUAAAACCGCGUAAAACAGAUCGGGAAGGAAUGUUUUAUUAAUUUAUGUUGUGUGAUUUUGUUUUGUUCGCCCCGAUUGAUCGGUAUGGAUCAUUUCCAUAACGCAGUUGAUCGAUGCGAAGAGAGAUGAGGUGCAGUACUCUAACAACAUGGCGUCUAAUCUUCAAAGUAGUAGAAAACCGGAAAUGGUUUAAAUAAGUAUGCGAUUGUGACGGGAGACAAUGGAUGCGAACAAAUUAUUAGUGUCGCACACAUUACGCAUCACCCCAACAAUAACAUCGAACAAACACAAACCCAGUAGUCAGCAAAAUGCGUUGCCACAACAGAGAAACGUAGAGGGAAACAUACACACGAUCGCCGUGUGAUGCGCAGAGAGAGAACAGUGUUAGGUUGAAGUAGCAUUAUUCGACCCGGAAAGCAACACGAAUCAAUUCAAACGCGCCAUCAUGCAACAGAAAGCCAUUCCCCGCCUGAUGCAAAAUCAAACACCUUACCGUAAGUGUUUUAACGUAAAUGUGAUUCGCAGGAGGAUUUAAAGUGCGAGUGCGCUCCGAAGUGAUCGCGUGAUAUCGGAUACAUCACACAGCAAGAAUGAGAGUGCAACAUUUUCCAACCACCAUCCACCCCACAUUUUGCAUCUCAAUCACAUCUCAAUCGUCAGACACAUAAGCGAAACAUUAAAAGGAAAACCACCCACAACAUACAUGCACGCACUGCGGUACAGUUAAGAAAAUAUAUAUCAAAGGUUUCAAAACAUGCAAAAAAAGCAAGAAAUGUUUUGAUAUGAAAUUUAUUGUUAUUGUUGAACCAGAACAGGCCAGUGUGUGUGUGUGUGUGUGUGUGGGCGUGCGUGCGUGUGUGUGUGUCUGCGUGAGGUGAAAAAAAUGAUGAUGCUGUAAAUCACCGGCUAAAACAAAAAUUACCCCAAAGCGAGCCCAAACUCCGAGAGGUGGGGGGGCAAACACACAACACACAAGUGCAAGACAGGACAGUAAAGAUCCGGAUCGGAAGGCUUGUCCUUUUUGUUUUUUGUUUUUAAAUUGUUGAACUAAGAUCGCUCAAUAGAAGAAGAAAGUGGACAAGCAUGAAAGUGGCCUCAGCACUAGUGACUGACGGCAGAAGCAAAUCCACACACUCUUGGAGGUUGUUGAUUAGUGAAUUGUUGUUAAGCAACAUGCAGGUGAUUCGUGUGUUAUUAUUUCCAUUUUUUACGUACCAGAGUACGCAGAGGGCACCCUGAAACGCGCAGAGGUUACAGUGUCACAAAAACCGGGGUUAGGGGAAAACAAAUUUGACGCAAAUCCGACGAACAAACAACAUUGCUAAACAAUUGGAAAAUCCAAAAGUAAUCUUUGUGAUAUAUUUGCCAAAACCAAGAAACGGAGCAAGAAUGCAGCCAGAAACGAUCGAUUAUUAGAAGCUUUCCGAACGCAAAACGAGGCGUAGUAUUGUGAAAGGCGACCUUUUGCUGAGUGUGCAACCCGUUUGUCAACAUUUGAGAAUGGAUUUUUCCUGCUGUUUUGCUGUAUUUGUUUUCCUUUUUGAACGAACAAAAUGAAAAUCAAACACUUUCUCGCGUUAUCUUUAUACCCUGUUAGGAACAGAUUGGCGAAUCAGAUGGCUUCCAUUAGGCGGUAAUUCUUUUUUACCGUGUUAGGAACAUGUUAGUUUUUUUUCGUAUUUUCUUGAUGAUCAUCGCGUUCAUCUCACGCAUCAAGUGGAAGGAUAAACGCGUAAAUAAUAUCGUGAAACAAUCAUGAAAUUACCAUUCAUUCACUACAACAUAACUGUGCCGAUCAUUACAGUGCUCUGGAAAUAUGAAAUGGAAUACAUAGCAAAAGCAACGUCUGCAGCGAUCCAUUUUGUUUCAAUGCUUCAUUUCGAUGUGCUAAUGGUACUUAAAAAUAAUUCACUCCACUUAUUGCGAAGGCUAAUUAAAGUUAUAAAAACUGUCGCAAAAUUACGCUACGAUCAUAAGGCAAACAAUUUGUUGAUUUUUUUCUUUGGUUUGAAUGUACGUAUGUAAUGCGCAUUAUUUCGUUGAUUGGUUUAAUUGGUCACAUGACUGCGCUAACUGCUUACUACUAACGCGAACGCUUCUUCUCUCUUUCUGCUGUCGUAUCGGUUGAAAAACAGAAAAAAUUAAACAAUACAAACAAACAUCAGGAGAACUGUUGCGAUACCUUCAUCUCAUUUCACUAAAAUCAGUGGCGGUAGAAAUCGAGGAACGAAAGUUAAAAAACAAAAUAAAUGUAAAGAAAGCAUACAAAAUCACCCAUGCCCCGACAUAUGAUCGUUGUUGUGAGCCGAAUCUAAGGUCAACUCAGUUGCCGUACUGCUAAAUAGUAGUAAAUUGGCGGCAGCGAAGCGGGAGUUUGAAGGAAAACGAAAGGAAAUUUUAAAACGAAUAUAUUAUGUGCUCUAUUACGAAAGUAAACGUGUAAGAAACCUAAGUAAACAAACAAACCAACAAACAAACAAACAAAAAAAAUACACACACAUACAUUAAUAAUAUUAUCUCUAUUGAGAUAUCAAAAUAUAUUAUUUAUUUAAAAAGAAGAAAAAACAAAACGGCUAGCGGUAUUAGCAUGGAAGACAAAAUAAAAACAAAACAAAAAAUCACGAGAAGAAAACCGACGAUGGUUAGAAGAGCGCGUGGCAGAUUAACCUAAUGAAAAAAAAACAACUUCUAGCCAGAUGAAAACAUGAAAAGAAUGAACUAAAGUCUAAUUUAUUUAUAUAAUAUACUAUAUACAGAUAAACGUAAGCAAUAAAAACAAAAAGUAGACUACUGAUAAGUCACUGAGCGGGAAGGUAAAACUGAAAAACGAAAUUUAAAUCAUAAAUAAGUGAAACGUAUGGCGCAGAAAAACGUAAAAUAAAAAUGUAAACAAAACAAACACAAAAAACACAGAAAAACGUGAAGAUGCAUUAUAAAAGAAUAUUAUAAUCGACAUAUACCAACACUUAUAUAUAUUACAUAUAUAUAUAUAUACAAGCAGACGAAUCUAGGAUGUAAGGUGCAGAGAAGAAGAGAAAAAGUAAUGAAAGCACAUUAAUCCUCACAUGAAGAAGAUUAAAACGGUAAAACAACUCAUCCAUGUCACGUCAAUCCUCCAAAACCACACCACUACGGACACGGACAGCUGUCGCAUCACUAUACAAACACAUAUUUCACGUAAUAUGCACACUCCUAAACAGAAAACAUAACUCCUAGAUGGUUAGAAAUGUAAGGACAAGAAAAAAACAAUGCAUAAAACUCACUCAAUAUUACCCACAUACACAAAGACACAAACAAACAAAACACACAACAACACUUUAUCUAAAUACAUGUGCUGGCUGGAUGCCAAUGAAAACGAUGAUAUUUUUUAAAAAUAUUAUACCUAUAUACAUACCGAACGGACGGGAUGGCACAGAUAAAACUACAAACGGAUCCGAUAGGAUGGGAAAUUGAAUUGGUUUGAAUGAGGGAACGUGAGGCGUUUUUACCGUGCAGAAAGCGUCGUGAUCGAACGAGUGGGAGGGAUAACAUGUUUGAGUAGAAGUAAAAAUUGGAACGAUAAGACGGUUAAUGUGUGCAGGCAGGAAGGCUAUGAAGUGGGUAAUGCAUAAUUUAGGAAAAUGAAAUAAUUUAUACAAUAACACACGGGGCAACAUUUGGAGUGAAAUCUAAAGCAGUAGAAAUCGAAUUAACGAAGAAGAAGAAAAACAAACCACGCAUAUAUGAUAUAUACACAAUAAUAGUAUAUGAGAUAGAAGAAAAGAAAAGGAAAGGGAAAGAGAACAACCAAACACAGAUAAAAAACCCAUAAACAAAAAGCUGUAGAUGGUGAAAAUAAAUAACUUGCAAAAACACACAACAUACAGACACUCUCUUGCAAACAUAAAAAAAAACACUCACAAACACACACUUAUAGUAAUGUAAUAAUACGUGCGAACGUAAAAGGAAAAAGAAAAGAAAAAAACCUAACGGAUGAAAUAUAUUCAAACUGUCGGUGAUAUUUUUAGAUUAUAGAUACAUACGAAAGAAAGAAUCUGUAUCUGUGCCGUCGGUGCAUGAAGCAGGAAGGUAAACCGUGAAACGAAUAACUUGUAAUCAUACUAAAGUAAUUGAUAGUAAGUAAUAAAUGAAAGGAGGCAAAGAUGAGAAUAACCCGAAACGGAAAGAUAAGGCCCCUGCGGCUCCCAGACACAAAUACACUAACACACACAUUCGCGGACACGAAAGGAAAGAGGAUAUGAGAAGGAAAAAAAGCGGGAAUGCAAUAAGGAAGGAAACAAGUGGAAGAAAAAAUACCCUAGGUACGUUUUUUGCACAGUAACAGCUACCGAUCCCGGGUGGUGAAGAUGAUUUUGGUUGUUUUUUUUUAGCUUUCUCCUGUUUUGGUUGAAAAUUUUUCCUUCUUCGAAAGCAAAUUAUUUUCGUUGUAGCUCAAUUUUAGGAUUUGUCGGAUCAGUAAGCAAAUGUUUUAGAACACAAACACAGGGCAAUACUCUCGAUGAUGUUUGUUUUCUUUAUUUAGUGUUGCAAACUAUGAACUGAAAAAGCAUUCAUUUUAGACUUUUUUUGGAUUGCUGUUUUUUUUUAUCACACUUCAUUCUUUUAGGAUCUGUUGGAAGAAUGUCGUUUUCUUUUGUUAUCUUUUGUUUAGAAGAGUUUAGAAAACAUUUCUUUUACAAUCCGGUACGGUUAAAUUUUGCCUUUUCUAUCGUUUCUUUUUAAGAGAAUUGAGAGUAUCUCAGUAAAUUAUCAACCAAUGGACAAUAACGAAAGCAACAAAAAAAAAAGAUAAAAAUUGCAUCGAAAAAUGUUAGACAACUUUAUUGGACUAGAAAUUGGAUAAACGAUAUAAAAAAGAAGUAAUUCGAUACAGAAUAGUUUUAUUUUUUUAGUAUAUCGAACGUUUACGAAAGCGAAUAGGUUUUACACCAGUAACACACUGCAUUCGUCUAGAAGUUUCGUACAACUUCUUGAUGAAUGGUACACUACUACAACACACUACUACUACUACCACUACUUCUACUACUACUAAAACUACUAAAAACUACUACAAGGCCCACACAAUUAUAAAACCAUUUAUACAAACACAUGUAUGUAUACAAAAGCAAACACACUAGAGCAAAGACACAAACCACUCGAAAACGGCACUGAGAAUGAAUGAAUUGUUAGAAUGGAAGACGUUAUUUGGGGAAGGUCAUCUCACGGUGGUGUUUUGCAUCAGACGUCAAUCACGUGAAAGGUCCUAUGGUUUCCAAUUGGGUUUUUAUGUUUCCAAAUGGUGCAGGUGAAAGUGCGACGGCAGGAUGCGUCAAAGUUUUAGCGAAUAUCCGUACACAGGAGCGAGAAGCUAUUCCAGCUGGGGGAAUUUUGCUUUCGUUUGCCAAAUCGGUUCGGUACGGCGAGCGGAAUCGGAGCAAUCAGAGUAAAUUGGUACAGAAUGGCGCUGGGGAUGUGUAGCGUUUAGUAGGAAAUAUUGUAUUUUAUGUAAUGCCAUGAGUAGGAAGAAUUUGUGAAAGGAAAGUAAGGCAGAUGGCGCAGGCGUUGGAGUGGUGGUUAGGGGAAAGUUAGUAAAAUUUUAAAACUCUAUAUGGGAUGGUGUACGUAAAUUAGUAGCAAAAUUUAUGCGGAAUAGUACAUCUGCAAGGGGCGAUGCAUAGCGCGAAGAGCAAGGAAAUUCUUAUUUAAUAAUUCAUUUUCCGUUUCUGUUCGGCUCGUUUCUUCACCGCACGAGCUUACUGGUCGCGGAACGGCCGAUAAGAGUACUGAAUGAUUCUGAAAGCGUGGAAGUUAAGGCGAUAAGCGAAAGAGAGAGAGAAAACACUUGAACAACGUCUACAAUAGUAUCCACAGCUGAAAAAUAUGUGUUCUUUUAUUUCAUUUCACACCGCUUUAUUUAGUCCAAUGUCCGAAAUUAUGUUUGUUAGAAUUUAUUGUGAGGAGAUAUACCUCAUCUCCAGGUACGUUAUUGUUUAUGUUUUGGUUUUCCUUUUUUAACCUGCUCUUAUUCAGAUUAUAUUUUCAUAGCCUGUUUUGUUUUCAUUUUUCGUUUUAGACGUGAGAAGAAGCAGCGAACACUACGUUACUCACCAAACACUAAGUCAAUCGAAAAGCAAUCCAAACUCCUCGUCCUCAUUAUCGAUUUAUUGUAGCUGUAUCUACGAACAAAAACAAGGGUUACGUCGCUAAAAAGGUAUAUAAACACGCAUUGGAACCGAUCGUGUGUGCGUAGUGAUCGAGAUGAAACGAUAUGUUUCAAACCGUGUGUUCAACGAUUGGGUGAAGUAUUACUAUUAAAUGAUUAAUAGUAGCAAAUACUGCCUAGUCAGGCAUUUGGCUUCACCGGCAGAUAACCUUCAAAGGAAGGAGGUAGAAUAAAUUACACACAAUGCAAUAAAUAAAAUGAAUGAACCGCAAGCGCGAGCGGAUAAGCGUUACAGAUAAAAGAAUGAAACCCGCGACUUUCGAAGUAUAUAAAGCAAAUGUAAAACACAUUAAGGUACAUAUGGUUGUGUCAAAAUAAGAAAACUGUUAAUAAAACGGGGUGGGAAAAACGAAACCCCUCCUCCGACCCGUGUGUUGUUGAACGGACAAAACCAAAACACUACAGGCCGAAUGUAGCUUAUUAUCUUAACAUCGACGGAAGCACACAGACGCACACGAACAAGACACUGCAGUACAGUGCCAUUAAAAAGGGAGAGCAUCGUAAAACUUUGUGUGGCAGCAUUUCGCUUAUGACAUUUCAUUGCAGAAAGGACAACAGUAUAGGUUCGAUGGAUCACAAUCUUAACGUACAAUAGGUUAAUGUUACAAUUUAGCAAGAACUGUUUGAGGGAAACAUUACAGAAGUAACGUUCGUUAUUUGCAGAGCUGUUGUGUCGAGACAGUUAAGUUUUUUUUUCCGUAGAAACAAUUAAAAUUGUUCCUUACCUUGGUUUGUAACUGAAUCAUAAGCUUUCACUGCGCCACUGAAGCAAUACGUUGACAACUACAUCCAAUGUGCUGUUUUACAUCCAUAUACUUAUAUAAAUAUAUAUACACGAAAACCAUACAUUAAGAUGAUCAAGCCUUCCAUACCUGUUGGCAGUGUAGCAAAAGAAGAGGAAAAAACACGUCGAAAGAUUAAGAGGAUUUAAAUGGGAAAAGGAGUGAUGAAAAAAAAAUGGUAACCUUAAUAUAGGCAAGGCAACUAUAAAAGAUAUUAUAUAUAUAUAUGAAGGGUAAUAACAACCCCGCAAGUGUAAGGCCAUGGCCUUUUCUUCAUUUUAUUGUGUCUUCGUAGAGCGUAUAUUGUAGAAGAUACGGAGAAACUGCGAACAGAAGGGCGACGGAAGGAAAGUUAUGAUUAUUAUGAACAUUAUUAUUGCUAUUAAAAUAACAAACCAGAAAAAAAGAAUAAUGUGAUAGAUUUAAAAAAAUAUAUUAUAUAUAUGAAAUCAUAUACAUACCUACUGUACUGUAUAUUGCGUAUAAGUAACUGAAAGUAUGAAAAAAGGAAGAACUAAAAAAAGGAAAAAAAUACAAACAAAAUCUAAAACUGGUAUAUAUACACAACAAACAAAACAAAACAAAACUAUAUAUUAAUACUGAUAAAGAAAAUACAAAAUCACACUCACACACACACACGCAUACGGUACGUAGAGAGUAGGAAGGGGGGAACGAAGUGAGGCAUAAGAGAGCAAACAUAAGAGUAAACUAUGAUAUAUGUCGAUUCACGAACAAUUUUACUUCUCUAGUAAAACACGAGCAGUGGGUGCAAACAGUAACAGAAUAAACGAGUAAUACACAGACUCAAGCCCAGUCAACUACAUGCUCUUUAUACCUACUAUAUACAUAGAUAUAUACACGCAUAACUACACGUAUAACAAAGUAAAGCAAAAACAAAACGGUCAAAUGAAAAAAAAACAAACGUAACGUAGCGUCAUAUGGUAUUCUACACAAUACUUAGAUAAAGCAUACCAAAAACAAAGUGAGAACAAUGUAUUGGAAAGUGUGUGGACAAUGUGUGGUAGGAAAAGGGCAAGAAUGGACACAAUAGGAUCACCAUCACAGGCACAGGCAGAUUAUGGACAUGCAACAUUUCAAGCAAAUAUUUCCAAAACUCUCGAUGUACUCUCCAAAUAGCGCAAGCAACAAAGGUAAAACCUUAUAAGAGAUAAGCUUACAUACAAAACACAUGAGAUAAAAGACAAACAAACUGCUGUCAGUGUGAUACUGUGCUGCAGCUACUACUGCUACUCGAAUUGGGUUUGCUUAUAUUUACUGGUAAUCAAAAUUAGAACUGUUUUGCUACUUAUGUGCUGCUUAUGUUAGUUAGUUUUUGCAAAAAUUUAAUCAGACAAUUUUUUUCAAAUGCAUAUUCUAUUACUCAGAAAAUCUUGUUUUUAAUUUUUUACCAUGCAGUAUAAAGCAAGUAUGUGUGCAUUAAUAGAAGAAAAUAAUGAAGGAAGGACACAACAGAUAAAAUACAACCUACAAAAUGUAACACUGACACUAUCACAGCAAAAGAAAAACAAACAAACAAACAAAAACAUUAAAACGUACAUUAUAUCAAUUAUUAUAUAAAAAAAGCCAAAACAAGUAAAACUAGACUUGAAAACGAACGGUGGCAAUUAUCGCUCCUGUAAUAACACAGUCGCUGCUUCCGGUGUGGGAAAAGAUGUUUACUUUGCGCCCGGAAGCAGUGAUUUUAACGUGAGCAAUUAAAACAAUGCAAUUAUCUCUUAUUUGACCUCUCUUCUCUCCUGGGCUGUCUAUUGCAUAGCUUGAUAAAAAAUAAUAUGAUAAUGAUGAAGCCUGUUAUAGCGAACAUGUGAAGAUGAGUUUGAACAAAAAAAAAAAAACAGGAUCGCAUAGCAUCACGAAACAUCAACUGUGGAAUAGUGAAAUACAAAAGUAGAAACAAACUAAUAUCAAGCUAAACCUAAACGAGGGAAAACUGAAGAUACAAUAAACAAAGAAAGCAAAAAAAACAAAAGAAUGAGUUUACAUCAAGGUAAUAGAAGCGGGUGGCAAACUAUGGCAUAAUCAAUCAAAAUUUCUUAAUUUUAACAGUCUAGCAUCUCCAAAAUAUCAAGGUUUAGCUUUGAAUUCUUAGCUAUUAUUUCUCUAGUACGAAUGUGCAAGAUAGCAAAGACAAAACACAAACAGAUACUCAAAACGGAAAGGAAAAAUAAGGAGGUUAAAUUAUAUUUUAACCACAUAAACCAAGACAUUUAUAGAGGUCUUGUUUUAAUUCCGACUAUUGUCCGUUUGUCAUUAAAAAGGUCAUUCAUCUCAGUGUGUUGUUUCAUUUGAUUUGUUCGAUCUACAUGAUUAUGUUUAUUAUUAUUUAUUUAAAUGCUGUUGUUGUGACUAUUUCCACCGUAUCGCUGCAACAUUUGUUUUGUUUAAACGACAUUUUUAAGCGUUCUUUUUGCUUCAUUUUAGGCAGUCAACACGAUCAAAUACAAUAGCGAGGGCAAACAUAACUGCAUACUAAAGCAAACCUUUAUAGAACAGAAACAUCAACGCUCUACUCUAAAAUAGUAACUUACGCUCUUUAAACUCUGCACUGUGAGGCUCUUUUAAUCUAAACUUUUAAAGACGAUGCUGCAAACCAUAGCCCACUUCAACGGUAGAACAGAUAGAAUGAACAUUUACUAAGGAGAAGAAACACACACCAAACAUCCACUUUCCGUGAAAAGAAAACAGAACAAAAUGAAACAACACAACGUAAAUAGAUAAACAACACACCGACACCUUUAGAUACAUGAGAAAACAAAUCAAAACUAUUCUAUCAGAAGCAAAACGUUUUAAAAUACAAACCAACAAAAGAAGGUAAAGAGAGGAUUGCGUGAAGAGAUAUUGCAUUUAAACGUUUCCAAUACUCUGGCCAGGACUCUUGUAAACAAACAUCUUAGCAGGAAAGCACCUCAGAAUGCACUUCAAUUCCCAUCCCCAAACCUGUGAUUUAAGACUUCUUUCUUUUUCUGUUAGAUUUUUUCAUCCGUACAUACAAAACGUUCACACACACGCAUGCAAAUACAAGAGAAAAAUGUUCUUGGAAUGACGAAAACAAAAGGUGCUAUGGAAAAUCGAAUGGAAGAUAAAUGAAAUGAACACAAAAGAUCAACACUUUCUCCCCCUGUCUAUCACACUCUUUUUAUUUUCAUCCUUCACUCGAUUUUCUUUUCCAAACGUCAACAAACAAUUGCUUUCUUACCAAUACAUCAAGUGACUACUACAACAACAAAAUAUCCUUUUAAAAGAUAUAAAUGUUACAUUACAUGUGUCGACAACCAUGUGUGUGUAUACAUGGAGAAAAAAAUCAAUAACUAAAGAAAAAUGUUGGUCAGAGAUGGUAAAAGUAUAAGCAGGAGGAGAAAAGGAAAAUACUAAGUCACACACACACACACACCCACACUCAUACCCAUACACACAUAAAAAAGGCUGUAAUUUUAAGAGAUAAAAACAAAGGAAAUUGUAGACGUCAAAACCCGAUUUAAAAAGUGCGAAGUCAAAGAUCGAAUUGUAAGGGGAGGGAAAAGGCAAGGAAAUACAAUAAAUGAAAAUUAUAUAUAUACAUAUAGAUAAAUAAGCUAAGAAGUACUAAUAAAAUGCAGUAAACAGCAAGACAGAAGAAUAAAAUAAAGAAAAAACCGACAACAAACCUAAUAAAAGUAUAUUGACAAGAAAUAAAAAAAACAAACAAACUAUGGUUUAUACAUAUACACACACACGAAAAACGCAUUCUAUACACAUUCACACAGAA